AUGUCUUACUUUGGCUACGCAUUCAACGGCGGGGUUAGCACUUGCUACGAGGGUGUCUCCUUUUACGGGCAGACAUUUCACGUACCAACCCCUGUCCCAGAAGACGUACCGGAUAUAAUGGACGGAGGGUAUGAUAACGGACACAUUCCUAUGGAUUGGGUCCCAACGUACGAGUGGGAGACGUAUGUGUACGAGCAGAAGAUGGAGUGGGAGGCACUAUCUUCGGAGGCUACGGAGUGGAUGGGGCGAGAUACUUGCGAGUAUCACGGCGAUCAUAUGAUCUUCUGA